AUGACAAUAAAUAUUCCAGACGGAGUGGCAUACGAGCUUGUCGAUUCUUUACGUGGCGGCCAUCUCUUAUUGAUACAAGACUACACAUUCUCGAGAACUAACAGGUCCUCUCGGUUAUGGUUCUGCUCCAGCAAGUUAUCAAGUCAAUGCAAGGCCAAGGUAAAAUUGAGUAAUGAUAAAGUGGUCAGUCAUAACUUAGAACACAACCACCCACCCCCUCGUUACUUCAAGACUAGAGAGGGCACGCUUGUAAAGUUGUAG